GUACCGCACAUCUGUGUAGACGUGUUAAGAGGAGAAUGGUCUAAUUAAUUAAUGAUAGCCUUCUUCCACAUUAAUCCAAAGCUUAUACAAUAGCCAAACAUCACGCCCAACACCUUUCUUAGCCCAUUCUUCCCUUUCACAAAAUACGUACAUACAGUAUUAAGAUGAAAUUUGAUACCUCCAGCCUGAGUCUCGAGGAAACUGAGCUCACACUGGGCUUAUCAAGAAAGCAAAUAUGUGGUAUAAAACGUGGAUUCUCACUGCCCGACGAAGCUAUUGAGUUGAGCCUCGGUACCUUUACUGCAAGAAAUCCUCAUGAUAAAAGCUAUGAAGAUGAAAUCUCCAGUGGAACCAAACAUUCCGCACAGACACAAGUAGUUGGAUGGCCACCAGUGAGAUCACAGAGGAUCAAGGUAGCAAAGAAGUACGUGAAGGUGGCAGUAGAUGGAGCUCCCUACUUGAGAAAAGUUGACUUGGAAAUGUACACAAGCUAUGACCAGCUGCUAAAUGCUCUGCCAAAAUUGUUUACUUGCCUAACUAUUUGUAACUUUCUAAAUGAGAGGAAGCUUAUAGUCCCUACAAUUAAUGGUGUGGAAUUGUUGCCAACUUAUGAAGACAAAGAUGGGGACUGGAUGCUACUUGGAGACGUUCCCUGGAAAAUGUUUGUUGAAUCUUGCAAGAGGCUUAGGUUGAUGAAGAGCUCGGAGGUCACCGGAUUUGGUACGUACAUUUUAGCUGCCUUCUCAAUUUGUUACUCAUGCUUAGAGUUGUUAAAUUAGCUUAUAAAUAAAUUUCGUAUACCAUACUUUACUAAAUUGACUAAUUACUUUUGAUAAUGGUGUAUAUAUGCAGCUCAAAGCACAAGCUUAUUACUGUUGAAAUGCUGAUUAAUUAAAGAAGUACUCAUAUUGGCCUGCAUGUACAUAUAUAGGCUCUUAUUUUGCCUUCUUUUACUACUAUUUCUGUAUCUGCACCUAGUUAGGGGACUUUUUCUACUCUUUAUUUUAUGCAUCUCAUUGUAUAGUAGCUAGCUAGCUAGCUAUGCUUUCUUGGGACACUUAUAGAUCGUGUCACAAAAUAAGAUCAUAUAAAAGAUUUUGCGAUGGUAUGGUGUUAUAAGAUAAAGCAUAGAGAUAAACAUAGCGCGUUUUAAUAAAGGAAUAAUUAUUUCGCAUAA